GACAAGACGACGUGCUCCGUGACGUACGACGAGGAGGGCGAGGAGGACGAGGACGACAUCGACGUGAGGCAGCGGGUGCGCCAGCUGCCCGUGUCGCUGGGGUCGCUGCAGAGGGGCGACAUGCUCAUAGGCAGGGUCACCAGUGUGAAGGACUUCGGCGCCUUUGUCAACGUCG